AUGCCGGUUUAUUAUUUGCGAAUUGUAGGCCCACAUGAUUCGACUAUAUUUGAAUGUAGCAGUACAAAGAGUACUGGCCAGGAUGAUUUGAUGUGUCAGUUUAUGCUAUAUUCAUCCCUAGACGUCUUGGAGGAUAUCGUAUGGCAAAGAGAUGACCUCUACGUAUCCAAGGUUGACCGACCGUAUGGUGAGAAGUACUAUGUCUCUGCUUUUGUUGGUCUUGCACCCAUUCGGUUAGUUAUGAUGCAGGACACAGAACCUAAGGACUCACUUCGAGCAUUUUUUUUAGAAGCCUACGAGAUAACAAUGAAACAUCUGCUCAACCCCUUUUUCGAUGCGACCAAAAAAAUUGAAAGUGUCAGCUUGCAUAAUAGUAUCAUGACUUUACUCAAUCGUGUAUCAUUGUAG